AUGGCAACUGGAGAGAAGACAGAUGUCGAGUCCCAGGCUCCAUCCGUGAGAGACCUGGAGAAUGCAGAUGCGCCAGGAGCUGGCAGAGGCCUGAACAAGACUGGCACCAACGGUCUCCACGAGUUCCGCGAGGAUGAAGGCUACAUCAUCGAUGACUCCGAGGGUGGAGGAGCAGGCAUCAAGCUAGCGGAGGAUGGGCACACCCGACUCAUCCCACAGCCGAGCGACGACCCCCGCGACCCGCUGAACUGGAGCUGGAAGAAGAAGCAUGCCAUCUUGUUUGUGAUCGCUGCAGCGGCUUUCCUGCCAGACUACGGCAGUGCCACGGGUGCUGUUACUUUGGAACUGCAGGCUGCGCAAUGGGGCAUGACUGCUGAUGAAGUGAACCAUUCGCAAGCUGGAAAUGUCUUCAUGCUGGGUGCUGGUGGCGUCUUUGACGUGGACAUCAGGAAGGACUGA